AUGGCAAUGAUUCUUAGCAGAAACGAUCCCUAUUCACAAAAUGACAUGGAAAUAAAUCAAGUUAAUCAGUUGCCAAUGAUUCCAGCACUACAAAGUUUUAACAAUCAACCGUGCUUUAUGCCGUAUAAUGCAGGAGCCCCAUCGCAGUAUGGACCGCCUCCGCCGACCCAAAUUUACCCUAAUUUUCCACCUUCGUGUCCGCCUGAAUAUGAAAGUAAACCUACUUCUGAAAUCGUCAUAAUAUCAAAUUUGAAUGCAGAUGCUGCAGAAUUUGUACCGAAACAGAGAGCCACCGCUAGUUUGAUUGGAGAGACGCCACCUGGCCAGCCAGUUAUAAAUUCAGGUCAGCCAAUUAUAAAUUCAAACUUUACAAAUAUAAAUCAAUUAAGCUAUCAACCAAAAAUUGACUAUAUACAAAAGAAUGAGAGUUAUGAAGAAUUAUUACCAAACAGUAACUUUCUUCAUAAAGUCCCUUUAGUUCAACAACCUCAAAUUGAACAUUUUAAAUCAAUUAACUUUACACAUUCUAAUCAAAAUUGGAUGGAUCAUACUCCUAAAGAUAGACCACCAAAUGAAGAGUCUUAUUAUCAAAGUUUUAAAGAAAUUACCGAUGAUGCAAAUAAAAGAGAAAGAACCAACGGGACAUAUCCUCAGAGAAGGAUAGUAUUUCAAAUAAAUGAAGAGCAAAUUACAGAAAACUUGGAUCACAAAGACCCAAAAAAUAAUACAAAUUGGUCAAGUCAACAUAUAGAUCAAAUAGAACUUAGGCAAGAAACUGGUUUAAAUAGGAAGGAAUCUGCUUGGUACCAGAGACAAACUACAGAAGAUGUUAAUCAAAAGGAAUUUAGACAAGACAAAAGUAGUGCUUGGUCAAAUAUUAGAGAAGACACCAAACAAGUGGGACAAAACGUAGAAAAUGUACCUCACAGAGAAUUUAGACAUGAAAAGGGUAAUGCAAAUUGGCGAAAUCAAAAUGAAUAUACAGAUCAAAUAGAACUCAGACAAGACAGUGGUUCAAACAGAAGGGAAUCUACAAGGUACUGGGGGCAAAAUGCAGAAAAUGUUAAUUAUAAAGACAGAAGUGGUAUCUGGCCAAAUCCAAAAGAAAACAACAAGCAGGGGGGACGAAACAUAGAAAAUUUAGACCAUAGGGAAUAUAGAAAUGAAAAAAGUUGGCCAAAUCAAAAUGAGCAUGCAAAUUAUAAAGGAUACAGAAAUAAAACAGAACUGAAACAUGAAAGUGGUUCAAAUAGGAGAGAUUCUACAACAAGGAACUGGGGGAAAAAUGUAGACAAUCCGAAUCAAAGAGAUUAUCGACAAGAAAAAAGUGGAAACUGGUCAAAUUAUAAAGAAAAUACCAGACAAAGUUUAGACAACAUAGACCAUAAAGAUCACAGAGCAGACAGGAGUACCGGCAAAAGAUUGGAUAGAGAAAAAUUUCCAGAGCAGCAACAAACCUUUAACAAAGGGGAUCAUAGGCAAGAAAGAAGUCAUUCAAGAAGAGAUUAUACAGAUAGAGAUAGACAAAACAUAGAAAAUUUGGGUUUAAAAGAAUCUAGACCUGAAAGAACCUUAAAUAAAGAAAAGACAUACAAUUAUUUUGCAGAAAAAAAUGAAAACAAAGGUAAACUGGAAGAUAAUCAACAAGAAUCUAGAGAUAACACUAAAGUUCAUCAGGAUGAAGAGCAAAAUAAAUACGAUAAAAAAUCAUACGUGUUCAGAAAUCAGAAAUAUCCCACUAAAGCGCAAAGAGAAGGCAAAGCAGAUAAUGAUUUUAGUAGAAAGAAAAAAUACGAAGACGAAAAUGUAAGAAGAAGCAUACAAAGAAAAAAUAACUACCCGAAAGAACAAAAAUACAACAACCCAAGGCAACAAAAACAUGAUUCACAAUCAACAGAAAACUCAACAAAAGAUGAAGACAAAGAGGAUGAAGAUAAAGAUAGAAAAAAAUCUGGAAGCGAAUAUUUGGAAUCAAACAAAUCAGACGGCCAAAAAUUACAAACGGAAAAGAAGAAAUACGGCAGAUUUAAAGAACAAACACCAGAAAGCGAAGAAUCUUCCGAAAUUUCGACAUGGGACGAAGAAAGGUUCAAAAAACAACAAGCUACACGCAACAAAAAACAGUACAGAAAAGAAGAAAACGGUAAUCACAAUCUCUUCGAAGAAAAAAAGAAGUACAGAGAUUUAAAACUGGAACGAGACAGUUCAUUUAACAAUUCCAGCUUACAAGAGGACCUAGACAUAGAAGACCAGUUCGACAAAAGCUACCAGUCGCAAGACAAAGAAUACGCGAAGUUUUUAACGGAAUUAAAAUCCAAAACCGGUCGCAAAAGCUUUAGAAUCAAAGAGGUGGAACAAGAUCUAUUCGAGGUGGAGGAUAAGUACUCUUUGGCGCAUUGCGUCGCUGAAGAUUUCAGAAUGGGAAGGGGCGUGGCCGUUAGCUUCAAAAGGAAGUUCAAAAGCGUGGAGGAUUUGCUGGUGCAGAGGCAGAAACCUGGAGGGUUGGCGGUGUUGCAGAAAAAAACCGAUGAAGGCGAUAGGUACAUCUACUAUUUAGUGACGAAACCUAGGUCGUAUCACAAGCCGACGUACAAAGACUUCUGGAAUUCGAUGAAGCGGCUCAGGGAUCACAUCGUUGAGCACGGAGUCAAAUUUUUGGCCGUUCCGAAGUUGGGUUGCGGUUUGGACAGAUUAGACUGGCCCACCAUUAAGCAUAUUAUAGAAUUUAUUUUUGAAAAUGUGGAAAUAGAGAUAUUGUAUUGCAGAUUCGGCCCCAACGAAGAUACGCCGCAAAGAAACAAUUACUACAUCAGCGUGUACGAUUACAAUGAUAAAUUAGUGGAUCUGGAAGAGAAAUCUGUCAUUUUGUACUUUUCCUCCGUAGACAAUGAAAUAACUGAUGAAAUGAAGGAAUUUGAUGAGAAAUUCAAGAUUAUAGAUGCGUUCAAGACUGCUCCGAAAACUCCGGGCUCUCUAUUGAAGCAUCCUACCGAUAAACACAUUAUUUGCGGUUGUAUUGUUAGAAACGCCGCUGGGGACUUAUUUGAUUUCAAAAGUUUCAAAAAAUGCAUAGACGAAAUUAAUAAAAUCACCAAAAACUCUGAGUACACUGGUCUAGCUAUGAAUCAAAUUUGGGACGAUGGGGAUAAGUUGUUGCAUCAUAAGGUGGUUACGAUGUUGGUACAUUAUUUGAGGUAUGUUGAUGUUUAUGUUUACAAAGAGGAAGGCGAUGUGUCUACAGACGAGACUUGA